UAAAGACUAGGCUGUAUGGGCAUUGUUCCCUUUGCCUUCCCUAAAACGGGAGAACUUCAACAAAAAACAAACAACAACCGAAAACACACACAAGAAAUCUAAACAAACUAUGUCGAUUCUAAUAAAAGAAAAAGAUGAUUAUUUCUAAAACUAAGACAAUGUUUGCUUUAUAAUUUUACUACACUUAUAAUAUUUAUACUAAUUUAAUAAAAGUAAGUCAGUGCCUACUAAUCAGCUAUUAAAUUUGCUUGGAAUCAUGAACUCUGAACCGGGUGUGAUUAAAAAAUUAAGUGAAGAUGUGGUCAACCGCAUUGCAGCUGGUGAAAUUGUGCAGAGGCCGGCUAAUGCCUUAAAAGAAUUAAUAGAAAACAGUUUGGAUGCAAAAUCAACAAAUAUAAUCAUAACAGUAAAAGCUGGUGGUUUGAAAUACUUACAGAUUCAAGAUAACGGUACAGGCAUUCGACAUGAAGAUUUAGAGAUUGUUUGUGAACGGUUCACUACUUCCAAACUGCAACAGUAUGAAGACCUUAGAGAGAUCUGCACAUAUGGAUUUAGGGGCGAAGCUCUAGCAAGUAUAAGUCAUAUAGCACAUCUUACAAUACUUACAAAGACAGCAAGUGGGAAUUGUGCUUACAAGGGAUCAUAUGAGAGUGGUAAAUUAAAAGGUCAAAUAAAAGCAUGCGCUGGCAACAAUGGCACACAGAUAACUGUUGAAGACUUAUUCUACAAUGUGUUAGCUCGAAAGAAGGCUCUGAGGAGUCCCACUGAGGAAUAUGCCCACAUUAUGGAUGUAGUGAGUGGGUAUGCCAUACACAACAGCCAUGUUGGAUUCACAUUGAAGAAGUUUGGAGAGAACACUGAUCUGAAGACUCCUAUCAAGUCUUCCGUAGUUGACAAUGUUCGAAUAAUACAUGGAAAUACGAUAGCUCGUGAACUAAUGGAGAUAAAGCUUACAGAUCCAGUGUUAAAGUUGACACUUAAUGGCUAUAUUACUAAUGUGAACUACUCUAAUAAGAAAGGAACAAUUCUUUUGUUUAUCAAUCAUAGAUUAGUGGAUUCACAAGCUAUAAAGAAAGCAGUGGAGUCUGUGUAUUCUACAUAUCUGCCCAAGAACGCACAUUCUUUUGUUUAUCUUAGCUUGGAGUUAGAUCCUAGGAAUGUUGAUGUCAAUGUUCAUCCCACAAAACACGAGGUACAGUUUUUGUACGAAGAACAGAUUAUUGAGAAAAUCAAAUCAUGCAUCGAAAGUAAACUGCUAAGUUGCAAUUCCACAAGAGUCAUGUACACUCAGGCUCGUUUACCAGGCGCUACAGCAGUCGAAGAAAAUGUAAAGAAAACAACAGAAGGCGCCAAAGUUUAUGCCAAUAAUAUGGUCCGUGUGAACGCAGAUGUCCAAAAGAUUGAUAAGUUUUUCCCCACAGCCUCAAAAGUUGUCGAAUCUAAACAAAAUGAUGCAACGGAUAAAGAUAUAUUUGAGAAUUCGUUUGAAGACCAACCUGUUGAUAAUUAUAACAAAGAAGAUCGAGAAGCUUUAGGAGACAAAGAGAGUAAUGAUCAGAAAAAGAUAGUACCUGAUAUUGUUUUAGAGGAAAAAGAAAACGAGUUAUUGGAUAGUUCAAUAGCAAAUGAACCUAGUGAACAAGAAAACAAAAAACCUGUUAGAUGGAAAGCGAGAACGGCUGCUGAUCAAGCCAACGCAACUUAUAUAGACCCAAAAGAAUCGUUCAAAACCAGAACAUUCAAGUAUGAGCGAAUAGAAACCAAACUGACCAGUGUGAAACAGCUACGGUUGGACGUAGAAAACAAUUGCAAUAAGAAUCUUCGCGAGAUUCUGGCGAAUCUUAUAUUUAUAGCUUGCAUAGAUGUCCAUAAAUCUUUGAUACAACACUCGACGUUUCUAUAUUUAUGUGAUACGACAAAGUUACAGUACGUGCAUUUUUUUAAAUAUUUUAUGACUACAUUGUCGUUUAAAAACGUGCUGGAAUAUUCUAACGAUGUUAUUUCAUUUACAGAGAGGAAUUAUUUUAUGAAACAAUGCUGUAUGAUUUUCAAAAUUUUGGCUUAAUAAAACUAUCGAAUCCUUUACCUCUAGAAGAACUGCUUGUUUUAGGACUAAGUACACAGGAAGAGCAGUGGAAUUCACAAUUAGGUGACAUGAGACAAUUAGCAAGUCAGAUGACCGAGUUAUUACUAAGCAAAAAGGAUAUGCUCUUAGAAUAUUUUUCCUUAGAAAUUAACAAAAAUGGCGAGUUAUUAGCGCUGCCUCUAUUGUUAGAUAAUCACACUCCGUUCAUGGGAGCUUUGCCCACCUAUCUAGUUCGCUUAGUCACCGAAGUGAAUUGGGACUCGGAAAAGGAAUGUUUCGAUACAUUUUCCCGACAAACCGCUAUAUUUUACGCACAACCCAACCCUGAUGAAGCGGUGGAGGCGCAAAAGUCGGAAUUUUGGCGACAGGAGCAUGUGAUCUUCCCGGCGAUCCGAAGAAACUUUCUACCUCCAAAAGGUUUUAUCGAUAACGGUGCCAUUUUACAGAUAGCCAGCCUCAAUGAUUUGUACAAAGUGUUCGAACGCUGUUAGAAGUUAUUGUUACAAAAUAAAUGUUGUUAAAACUUAACCGAUUGAUAUACAGUUGCGAUCUUGCGAUAGGGAUCUUUAUGAAUGCGAGCGAUAGUUCAGGGGGGGGGGGGGGCACUGCGUAAAUGACACACAAAAUAUA